ACUUAUUCCAGCAAAGUAGCAAAUGCCACUUUCUUUGGAUUUCACAGAUUACUCCUAAAGUGGAAAGGCAGCAUCUACAAAUUGCUUUACAGAGAAUUUAUUGUUUUUGCUACUCUUUACACAGCGAUAAGUGUAUUAUACAGGUACCCUCUUUCCAAUUCACAUCUCAUUAAAUGUUAUCCUGAAGUUUCACACUUCAUAGUGUUAGGGUCAUUAAUAAUGGUUGGCGGGGAGGUUACUACAUAAUGAUUGCCUUUUCCUUGGACCUUUUCUAAUGUCCUUUCCUUUCCAAAUCUACCUUUGUAUUGCAGAGAAAGCAUGUAGGGUAUAAAUAAAAUACUGUCUAUUGUAUUCAGCUGAUUCUACUUCCAGCCCAGCGUUGAGCAACCAUUCUACUGAUGUUAGGAUACAUAACCACUCACAGCAAGCCUAUAUUACGUAACUUUAAUCAUUCUACUGUCAAGUUGGCAAUAGCAAAUGUGCCUCGCUGCUUACAAUGAUAUGUAUAGACGUUUCAUUCUACAGAACUUAUCUUCAGUUGCUCAGUGGCAAUUCCUCCAACAACACUGAAAGAUUUUUUCUUACAGGUAGCCAAAAACGGUUCUUUGAAAAAUUAUCAAUUUACUGUGACAAAUAUGCUGAGCAAAUCCCAGUAACUUUUGUGCUUGGUUUCUAUGUUACUUUGGUGGUGAAUCGUUGGUGGAACCAGUUUGUGAACUUGCCAUGGCCAGACCGACUGAUGUUCCUCAUCUCUAGCUGUGUCCAGGGCAGAGAUGAAUAUGGGCGCUUGUUAAGGAGGACUCUCAUGCGUUAUGUGAAUCUAACGUCCCUGCUGAUUUUUCGCUCUGUGAGCACAGCCGUGUAUAAAAGGUUUCCCACCAUGGACCAUGUAGUAGGAGCAGGUUUCAUGACAAGAUAUGAAAGAAAAAUUUUUGAUGAGCUUAAAUCUCCUCACCUUAAAUACUGGGUUCCAUUUGUCUGGUUUGGAAAUUUGGCAUCAAAGGCACGAAAAGAGGGAAGAAUUCGAGACAGUGUAGAUCUACAGACACUGAUGAACGAGAUGAAUAAGUACCGGUCUUGGUGUAGUCUUUUGUUUGGCUAUGACUGGGUUGGAAUUCCACUGGUCUAUACCCAGGUUGUUACUCUUGCAGUCUAUACUUUUUUCUUUGCCUGCCUGAUAGGGCGCCAAUUUUUGGAUACUGACCAAGGGUAUCAGGGACAUGAUUUAGAUCUUUACAUUCCAAUCUUCACACUGUUACAGUUCUUCUUCUACGCAGGAUGGCUCAAGGUCGCUGAACAACUUAUUAAUCCAUUUGGAGAGGAUGAUGAUGAUUUUGAAACUAACUGGUGCAUCGACAGAAAUUUACAGGUCUCACUUCUGGCGGUGGAUGAGAUGCACAUGAACUUACCAAGGAUGGAGAAAGAUAUUUACUGGAAUGAUUCCUCUGCCCGGCCACCCUACACAAAAGCAGCUGCUGAUUACUGUAUUCCUUCAUUCCUGGGAUCAACUAUUGAAAUGGGGCUGGCUGAUACCGAAUUCCUCUACGGGGAAGAGUGGCCCUGGGAGGAGGAGAAACACCAAAGACGAUCGGUGCUGAGAAGAGUCAAGAGAUUUCUAAGCGUCCAUGAGGGCCCUUCAUCCCCAACUCACCGGCACUACAGUCGGCAGACAAGUGAGAAUUCAGUGUUUUUCCCAGCAGACGAAAAGGGGCACAUCAGACGGCUGCAAGAAAUGCACACAAGAGGGAGACACUCUACGUCGAGCUUCAAGAAGAAACACGAGAGAGCUGACAGAAGUAACAGACUUCAGAGUAGCAGGGAUCUAGGACCCAUAACGGAAACCUCAAGGAGCGAGGCACAGUUCGCUGAAGGUGGCAGUGACACUUCAUCUGAGAUAAGCAAGCCAGUUCCUGAGGUCAUCAUCUCUGAAGCUGAGGAGGAAACACCUGAUGUGCUGGACAAACCAGAUCUCCAGACAGAGCACAGCACAGGCAUAUCAGAAGAGAAGCUCCAAAGGAGCCUAACUGAAGCAAAUGUGACACUUCUGGACCAUCCUUUUUUCCCCCCAGAAAUGACUACAUAUCUCCUAGGCUCUGAGGUGCAUCAGUCACUUCCUACUGUCAUAGGGGAACACAAACAUGAACCUCAAGGUAGCAACAUAGCUGGUUUCAUAACAGAUCCUGAGAGAAACCUUCAGCGAUGGAGUUUACCAAGCUUCCAUAGUCAUAAUAGAGCAUCAAACGCUGAUGCUGUGCUCUCUUCAACAGAUUCUGAGACAACUUCACAACAAAGGACUUCCAGUGACGGGAAAAAUGUAGCUGCUGCUGGUCUAGAGACAUUUGAGAUGCAGCACCUAUGGGAAAACCUAGAAUCUAAGGAAACAGACAUAGUAGAAUUUUCUAAUGAGAAAACUGAAAGAAAACUUUAAUCGUGCUUCCUGUGGGUCUGGCUGAAUUUCCUAUCUUCUCUUGAAAGUGGUUCUCACACAGGUUUGCUUAAAGUGCAGAAAGGCAGACACAAUGCUCAGACAAGUCCUGAGGAAGAUCCAGCAGAGCAUCUGGGCACCUAAAUAGGUGGCGAUACACUUUAAGCCCCUUGGUUGCUGGCUUGAAAUCUGUGACCCUGUGGGGAAAACAUUUAUGGGGAAGUCUGGGAGCCUCAGGGGUGGAUGCAAACCAGUCAGCGCUUAGAGCAGUGAGCUGUGUAGGCUCACCUAGAGGAAACACUAAGGUUAUCAGAAGAGUGGAGGUGGCUCUGUCCACUUUGGAUCCACCUUGACCAUCACCACAUUUGGCUGCUCCUUCAGAUUAA